AUGCAGCAGGCGUCCCAACCGCGAGUCUUGGGAGCGCGCCGGGUCCAGACCAGGGCCACGCUCACCCCGGCGGGCCCCCCCCAGCGCUGUCAGGGCUGCGGGGACUUGCUGUGCCAGCCCUGGUGUCUGCUGAUCUCGCUCACGCUGCUCUUCCUCUCCCUCCUCUGCAGCUGGGCCGUGGUCCACCUCACCCUGGGCACCCACGGAGGAGCACCCUUCCGGAUCGCGGGCGGGUACAGCCAGAACGUGCCCCAAGACGACACCGCCACCAUCGACCCGCACUUCACCACCAACUGCACCAUGGACGCACUGGGAUCGCUGCCCGACCAGGGAGGGUUUAGUUUUGGGCGAAAUUCACAAAGCCUUAACCGUCACCUACCUCUGGGCACAGCACCCACCUCAUCCCCCCCGCCCUGCCGCUCUAAUCCGUGUCGGCAGGCCUGA